UUAAAAGUUUUAUGUCAUAACUUUAGCCAUAAAAUACGUCGACUAACUACAGAGUUUUUGAUAAUUUUUUAAUAAAAAUCAGAGAAAAUUAAAUAAUUUUAAUGUGUGAAUGUUUUGUAAAUAAUUUUAAAUAAGUUAUAUGUUAUUUUUCAAUAUUGAGUUAUAAAGAAUUACUCAAUUUCAUUCUUUAUAGAAAAAAUCAUAACCUGUUUUAAAUUUUUGAAGAUAUAAUUUAUUUUAUAUAAUGAUGGAUUCCAAUGAAAUUCUUGUAAUGCUCAAUAAAUUACGUGAACAGAAAAUAAGUGGCGAGAUUGAUGAUAUUGAUAAUUUAUUAAAUGAGCAUGAAAAAUGGAGAAAUAAAUUAAAUUAUAAUUUGUUGGACCAAUAUGUUAAACAUUCCUGUGAAGAAAUUCGAAUUACUACGCUUAGUCUUCUAGUUGAAUCUAAAAAAAGUACUUUACGUUUUUUAGAAAAAGAAUUGAAUGUGAUAAUGGAAUUUUUAAAAUUUAAUCUUGGAGAAAAAUUUGAAUUCGUUCCGCUUAUAAAAAAAGUGUUUAAACGAAUCAAUCAAAGUCUUGCUGUAUUUCGAAGAAACGUAAUGCAAAUUGAAAAAUUUAAAUCACGUGAAAAGGAAGCAACCGAAGAUUUAGAAUUAUAUCAGCAACGUGAAAAAGAGUAUGUAGAAUUAGCUAAUGAUUCGCUCAAUUCAAUAGAUAGUUAUCGCAUAUUUUUAAUUAAAAUUCGUGAAGAAUGUUUGAAUGGUAUACGCAUUGGAGCAACUCAUACACGAAAAAAAAAUAGUUUAUCUAUACUACAAUUACAGCAAGAUAUUUUAGAAAAUGAUUUUAACGAAUUGUCAUGGAGUAGUGAACAAGUAAAUAAAUUAUUUCAAUGUUUAUUACUCGAUACAUAUGAAACAAAUAAAGAAAUAACUUUUAAAAUAAUAUCAAAAAUCAACCCGGUUACAUUAAACUUGACGAAUUUUAAAAAAGUUGAUCAACUUUUAGACGUAGCAAUUAAUUUGGCAAAUUGUAUUCGACCACUUGAUAGUAUUACAGCAUCUUAUAUGUUAAGAGUUUGUCUUAUGUCACCAAUUAUUGAUCAAGUAUUAAAGAAAUAUAAAAUCAGUAUUCAAUGUAACAAUGAUACUUUGUCUCAAUUAAUUAUAAUAUUGUUGGAACACGCAAGGACUUCUGCAGAAUUAGCGAAUGAAAAUAUUAUUGACGCUGUUGCUAAACAUUCCUUGUAUGGAUAUAUUUUUUGUAUAAGGAAAUUAAUCUCAUCCUGUAAUCUUAGAAAAGUUGAAAAUAAAUUUUGGUCAAUUAUAAUUAGGGAUGUAAUAACUGUAUGUUUAAAUUUAUAUACUGCAGUUUCUUCAGUGGUAAAUAAUUCAUCACCAGAAGGACAUUUUCCGAUGGAUCUCAACAAAAAAUAUUUGAGUGUUGAUGGAGAUGAAUGUGAAUUGAUGAAAGUAACACCGCAAAUGGUUUUAUUGUGUUCUUGGCGUACUGUCAAAGAAGUCAGUCUAUUAUUCGGUUAUCUCAUGAUUAAAUCACCGAUUGCGAAUGAUGAUUCAACGAUUGGUUUAUUGUCUGAGCAACAGAUUGUUGAAAUUGGUGAUCAUUUAGUGACGUUACUUUGUGAAACUAAACAUAGAGGUGCAUUUGAACAAGCACAUGUUGGAUUUGAACAAUUUUGUACACGUUUAUGGCGACUUAAGCAGAAUCAUUUAAAUGAAUUACCAAAAAUAUGGUUGUGCCAAUUACUAAUGGCAAUUACUGGGUUAUCUCCGGGAAAUUCAAAAUUAUGUGCUACAAGACGUAGUGCAGGUAUACCUUUUAUGGUUCAGGCUCUAGUUGCGUCAGAACCUUCGAUUAAAAAUAAAACUGAGCCUGUUGUUUUCAACUCGUUAAUGAAAAUUUUGUUAGAUUUAACUAAAAUUGAAGAUGAAUUUGAAUUAUCUAAUAAAGCAAUGAAUCUUGUAGAACAAGAAAAAUUUUUUUCUAAUCUUAAAAUUGAUCAGUUAAAAAAUUAUUCAAGUGCAAUUACUUCGGGAAAUUUUUAUGAUAAUGUAACAAUUACAGAAGUAAAAAUGCAUGUUUUAAAUAUAUUACGUGCAUUAUUUAAACACGCUCAAUUAAGAGAUUUGUCUAAAGUAUAUUCUUCAGAUGGACUGAUUGCUGCAAUAAAUAGUUAUGACAAAAAAACAUGGGCUGAACGUAAUGCUGCGACAUUAUUAUUUAGUGCUUUAAUAACAAGAAUUUUUGGUGUCCAAAGAACAAAGGAUCAUGUUAAUUUAACGGUACACAAUAAAAUGACUGGUCGUUUAUUUUUCGAAAAAUAUCCACAGCUAUUACCAUUCAUGCUCAAUAAAUUAAAUGCAUUUAUUAAUGAUAAAAAUAAUCCAAUAAGACCUAGUAUUCAAUCGAUUCUUCUCCUCUUAUCUCGAUUAUAUCUCGCAUCAAAUUUAGAUGCUAAUUUUGAUUGGAAGGUUGAUGAAUUCGUUAAAUUAGUUUCAACUUGUGCUAAUAGUAGAAUAUAUACAACACGAGAAUUAGCUGCUAGAGCUGUAGUACCUUUACUGACAGAGAGAACUGUUUGUUUGUUUCUCAAUGAGUUAUUUAAGAAGAUUAAUACUGAAGCAAGUAGUGGCAAACCAUCUAGAUGGAAUUCGAUACACGGUUACAUAUUACAGGCUUUAGAAAUUUCAAAGAGUAGUUUACUCGUGACAUGCAAAUUAUCUGAAAUAUAUUUAGAGGAAUUUAUUAAUAAUUCAAUGUGGAUUAUUCGUAAUGUUUCCUGUUAUAAUAAUAGAUCAGCGUGUUAUCCAUUAGCGGCCGCUUAUAUUGAUCUUCUUUAUGAAUUUAUGAAACUCUAUAAAUACAAAAAAGAACUAUUUCCUUUUGCGUUAUAUCAUAAAGUAUUACAUGAAUCUGUAACAUAUGUUAUAAAAAAUCAAUUGAAAAACCAACCGGGAAAAGAGAUUUUUGAAUAUUCUACGAUUAAAUUUUUUAUAAACUGGCAACUCAUAAUAAAACUAAAGUAUACUUUAGAAGAAGAUGAAUGGGUAAAAGUAUGGGGUAAUAUAUUGACCCAUACUAAUAUUCAAGUGCAAAUAUUGGCUUGGACAAACAUAAUAGAAACUGUUCGUCGAAAAUCAGAAGAAUUUCCCAUACCCACAAAAAAUCCAUUACUCGUUUUAGCAAUUCAUCGUGCUUGUGAUGAAUUAUAUAAAGAAGAAAUCGAUCCGGAUAUACAAGACGCUAUACAAGAUUUUUUAUUUGAACUCGACGAUAAAAAUAAUUGUAAUAAUCUUGAAAUUGAUGAACAUACAUAUUAUAGUAUAAUAUGUCCAGCAGUUUUAAAUACAUUUAAUAAAAAUAUACCUCAUAGUCCUAGUUUUUUAAGAUUAUUUGGGAAAGUAUUUGGUAAAUUAUUAGUCAACCAUACUAGUCAGUUAUCAGUACAAAAAACAAUAGAUUUAAAUUGCCAACCAUAUGAAAUAUUUUAUAACAAUUCUUGGACGAGUUCAGCGGGAAUAGAUUCCAGACUAGCGAUUGCUAAAGUAAUACACGAUAUUUAUAUUGAUAUAACAACAGUAAACUAUGAAUAUAUAGAUAAUUUAAAAACUUUACUUCAUUGGUGGACCAUUUUAUUGAAAUUAUUAGUAGAUGAUAAUUCACAAGUACGGACAAUGGCUUUAUCAGCUUUGUCUAAAAUAGAAACGUCAGAUAAAAUUGAAUAUAAUUCUGAAGAAUCAUUAGAAAUUUUAUUUAAAAAAUUUUCCAAUUGUGUAUCAGAUAAUAAUGCAAAGUUUGCAGCAUACUUUGUUUGGAGUCUUUCACUAUCGGAAAACGAUUUUGAAAUGGAUGAUAGUGAUGUUUUCAAUAAGUGUUAUAAUUAUGAAGCGUACGAGCCGCUACGUAUUUCCGAUAUGUGUGGUCGUUAUUUGGAAGUACAAAUCCACGAUAAAUGGAACACUGAAUCUAUUUUUUCAACUAAUUUACAGCAAUGGCUUAGUCAGAAAUUAAAUAUGCAAAUUUCUGAUUGUAAAAAUGCACAAACUUUAAUUAAUGCGUAUAAAAAUCGCUUGCCAAAACUCAAUCAAACUUUAGACGACAUAUUAGACCCAACUUAUAACGACAAAUUAAUUCAAAUUUUAGCGUUUGAAAAUUUUUUGGUACUUAUUGAUGAAAAAUAUUGUUUCAAUAUUUGGAAUUAAUCAAUUGUUAAUUAUUUUGUAUACUUGUCAAUUAUUAUUUCAGCUCAAUUAGAAUAUAUGGUAAUUAUAAAUAAUUUUUACAA